AUGGCAUACCCCAAAAGCUCUCUCGUUCUAGCAGUACUUCUCUCAGUGUUCAUUUCCACAGUGCUAGCUACUCCUAUGACAUACAGUGUGGUGAGUUUGGGAGCCAAAGCAGAUGGGAAAACGGACUCAACUCGGGCUUUUGUUAGUGCAUGGACAAAAGCUUGUGCGUCAGUAAAGCCUGCCAUUAUUUAUGUGCCAGCAGGGAGGUUCUAUCUCAGGCAAGUGGUUUUCAGUGGACCAUGCAAGAACAAUGCUAUCAUUAUGCGCAUAGUUGGGACACUUGUGGCCCCAUCAGACUAUAGGGUCCUUGGAAAUACAGGAAAGUGGCUUGUGUUUGAACAUGUCGAUGGGGUUACCAUAUCUGGUGGGGUUCUUGAUGGCCAUGGCACUGGUUUGUGGGCUUGCAAAGCCUCUGGCAAUAGUUGUCCUUCGGGAGCCUCGACACUACAAUUUUCCAACUCAAACAACAUUGUAGUCCGUGCAUUAACCUCCCUAAAUAGCCAAUUAUUUCACAUUGUUGUCAAUGGCUGCCACAAUGUGAAAAUGCAAGGUGUAAGAGUCAUUGCUGCUGGAAACAGCCCAAACACCGAUGGAAUUCACGUUCAAUUAUCUUCAAGUGUCACAAUUCUUGACUCCAAGAUCGGGACAGGUGAUGAUUGCAUCUCAAUUGGUCCUGGUACCACUAACUUGUGGAUUGAGAAUGUUGCAUGUGGACCUGGGCAUGGAAUCAGCAUUGGGAGUCUAGGCAAGGACUUGCAAGAGACUGGUGUAAAAAAUGUGACAAUUAAAACAACUACUUUUACUGGAACUCAAAAUGGAUUGAGAAUUAAGUCUUGGGGAAGGCCUAGCAAUGGAUUUGCAAGGAACAUUCUAUUCCAACAUGCCGUUAUGAUGAAUGUCCAAAAUCCUAUUGUAAUUGACCAAAAUUACUGCCCCAGUAACAAAGGUUGCCCUGGUCAGUUUUCUGGGGUAAAAAUUAGUGAUGUAACAUACCAAGAUAUCCAUGGAACAUCAGCAACGGAGGUCGCUGUGAAAUUUGAUUGUAGUCCAGGGAACCCAUGCUCCAGAAUAAGAUUGGAGAAUGUAAAGCUCACAUACAAGAAUCAAGUAGCCCAAGCUUCAUGUAGCCAUGCAGAUGGAACUUCUACUGGUUUUGUCCAGCCCACAAGUUGCUUGUAG